AGACUUCGAUACUUUGCUAGAAGAAAAGUCGUCGGAGUUCAUUCAGUCUCAGACCCAGGAGGUGGAUAUUGAAACGGGCUCUACAAAUCAUAAACGCAGCACUUCACCUUUGAAAGUCUCACCACCACGAACUGCCAAAAGGCCAAUUCUGAAACUAAGAAGCAAGAAGGUUCAUUUCCUAGAGUCAGCAGCCGACAAUGAUAUCAGUUUCGAUGACAGCUCAAUGGUUAAAAGCGACUUUGACGAAGACUCCCCGUCACAAAACUCAAUUCUUGAGCAGCUCAAUGACGAAGAGCUCCUGUUCCGAUUUGAUCCCAGUAUCAGCUCACCCCCAUCUCUAGCCAAGCCGUCCCACAUCUCCAAGAAAAUGAUCAAACCCAAGAGAAUCUCAUCACUCACCAACAAACGACUCGAUGACUCCAAAGUACCUUUACUCAACAAACAAGCAUCCAAAUUGAUUCUAAACAACGAUAAAGAAAACCAUCGGAGCUGGAGAGUAUCUUCAAACCCGUCCCAACUCAUGCAAUUCACAAUGAACGCGGGUACGCGGAAUAUAGAAAGUAAUGGGUCUGAAAAUGUCGAGUGAUAUAUUUUACUACGUACUAUUUGCAUUAAUGAUUAACGAAUUAACAUUUACCAUCUGCCGCCUUGGCCACCGCCGUAGCCUCCUUGGCCACCCCCAAAUCCACCUGGACCAUCUCCGCCGAAUCCGCCAGGGCCA